CGAACAGUAUUUCCGGUUCAGUAAUUAGGUCACACUGGCAAAUGUCACUUAAACGUCCAUUUUGGCAAAAAGUCGGCGAAAAAGCAGGAGCAAGAAACUAAUUUCUGGAAAUCAGCAAAAUGCCGGGUGUAACAGUGAAGGAUGUAGACCAGCACGUGCUGACAAAAGCUUUGGCUGGUUUUUUGAAGAAAUCUGGAAAAGUCGUAGUGCCCGAGCAGGCCGAUUACAUUAAGACGGCCAAGUUCAAGGAGACUGGGCCUACCGACGCCGAUUGGUUCUACAAUCGCUGUGCCUCCAUCAUGAGGCACCUGUACCUGCGCAGCCCCUCCGGCGUGGCGGCCUUGACCAAAGUCUACGGAGGACGCAAGCGCAACGGAGUCCAUCCGGCUAAGUACUGUCGCUCCUCGGACGGCUGCAUUCGCAAGGCUCUUCAAGCCUUGGAAACUGCUCGCAUGGUGGAGAAGCAUCCGGAUGGGGGUCGCAAGCUGAGCUCACUGGGCCAACGUGACUUGGAUCGCAUUGCCAACAGGAUUGUGGCCAAGCAGCGAGAGGCCACUGCUCCAUGUUCGAUAAUUAUCACUACUUAAAAGCUACUAAAUAUCACUUUACAAGGCAUUUAUAAUUGAUAAAAAAAACAUUUUAAGACUUCAGACUUUGCAUUUAAAUCACUUUUCAUUCAAAAUAAUAUUUAUAUCUUAAAAAACAUUUUAAGACUUCA